AUGACGGAGAUGUUGCGGUGUCUGCUGCCGCACCUUGACAAGCACCUGGCGCUUGGCCUGCUGUACUUCUACGACGAACAGGGGCUUGACGUCGCGGAUGCCCUCCGCGCUGUUCAGGCGACCACGGCGCUCACAGCGGAGGGUGAGGUGUCGGUGGAGCAGGAGCGAAAAAUUAAGGAGACUGCCCAGCGCGCCCGACCGGCUCUCGAUGAGUUCUUUGAGAAGAGCGAGACGGAGAACAGCACAUAUCAGUUCAAACUGACCGGAAGUGAGAUUGAUGCGCUGCGUAGCAACCGCGAGCUCUCCCGCGACGUGCUGGAGGCCAAAGGCAUCACAUCCAACGUCAUGAAAGCCGUGAUGGAGUUAGCUUAUUUAUACUACGACGCCGCCCGUUAUACCGAUGCCUCAGAACUGCUCUCGCUGUGUCAGUGCGUUGUGGGCUAUGAAAUUGAUCAGAGGACACUUCUGUGGGGGAAGUUGGUCAGCGACAUGUGCACAUGCAAUUGGCCUUCCGCCAUUGCGGCGGCGGAGAAGAUACGCCGGCAACAAAAUGCGGAUGUCUUUGAGGAGGACAUAUUUCGUGUUGCUAACACAACGACCACACGGGAACGGGCGUGGCUGUUGCACUGGGUGCUGUUCCCCUUUUUCAAGGGCGGCAAUCAGUACUCCACGCACCUGCUGAACUUUGUCUUUGACAUUAAGACAAACUUUGUCUACCAGAGCGUUGUGGAGACGGUGUGCCCGCACUAUUUGCGUUACAUCUGCGCUGCUGCCAUACUUAACAAACAGCGUCGAUCUGCCCUGCGAAGCGCUGCGGCGAUGGUAUUAAAUGUUUACGAGUACUCUGACCCCAUCACGCAGCUCGUAAAUGCGAUUGUUAACCGGCAAUCCUUUGAAGAUGCCCUUGCGCUGCUACCCGAGGUUAAAUCGACAGCGCUUGGCGACUACUUCCUCAGCUUGCACGCGAAUGAGAUUUUGGAGAACGCGAGGCGGCUUAUCUUUGCCCGCUACAUGAUGACUCACGGCGUCGUGUCCAUUCCGUACGUGGCGGAGAAGCUAGGCACGCGAACCGCGGACGCAGAGGUGUGGCUCGCCAACCUUAUCAGCGAGACGAAGCAGCGCGCAAAGAUAGAUUCCGUCUCGGAGCAGAUGGUUGUGAGCUCACAGGCCCGCUCCGUGCAUCAGACGGUGCUGGACAAGCUGGAGGUAGUGGACCGGCGCUAG